AUGGGCCACACAAUCCAUCCAAGUUUUUUUUUGCAUUCCUUAAUCUAUUACUCCGCUUUGCCGUCAACUUAUGACAUUGUGUUUAAGAGGAAGUCGAAUGAGCCAUUCCGUCGUGUAACGAUAAGCAAGGACUCACUUCCCAGUAAAUUUAAAGACAACUCUUUUGAUAAGUCUCACGACAAAUGGGGAGCAAAAGCGCAUGAAGCUCUAAGUAAAGUACAAGGAAAAGGUUUCCGGCACGAGAAGACAAAAAAGAAGAAGGUUUGUUUGUCGAGUUUAUUGUAUAAUAAAGUGUGCUACUUUUUUACUCUAGGUAUUUAUUUCUGGAAAAACAUCGACUGA